AUGGGCUUCGACACAAAAGUCUUGAGUAAGCAGGCUGCACCAAAGGGUGGAGGCACCCAAACAGGUUGUAGUGUUGAUGGUGUGAGGUCUAGUAAACCUAACACUAGAAGGACUAGAGCUGAAGCUAGUAACCCCAAAAAGAGCAGUGCUGCUGGUGGUCACUUUGCAAGUACCGGUGAUGAUGUUUCUGGUAACUCACAAAGGAGCAAUGCUAAUGGUCUUAACUCUCAAAGGAGCAAUGCUAAUGGUCUUAACUCUCAAAUGGUUGGAGAUGUUUCUAGUAACUCACAAAGGAGCAAUGCUAAUGGUCUUAACUCUCAAAUGGUUGGAGAUGUUUCUAGUAACUCACAAAGGAGCAAUGCUAAUGGUCUUAACUCUCAAAUGGCUGGAGUUGAAGGUGGUAACUCACAAGUGAACUUUGAUAACUCACAACUAAAUAUUGGUUCCAACCAGUCCUCUCAUGAUCCUCCAAAAAGAGGGAGAGCGAAAAUGUGCAGGACCAAGUACAAAAUACCUCCAUGUAGUGGUAGAGUUCAGUUGGAACCUAUAGGUCAUUGCCAAUUCAAAUAUGUUGAUUAUAACCCUAAAUGCUGCAAGUACCCCUCACAGUUAGGAACUAUUCUCAAGCGAGAGUACCCAAGUAUCGUCAGAAUAUAUGAUGAGAAAGGCACAAUUGUGAAAGUAAAACCGAGUACGUUUACAUCUCAUCCACGGCAUAGGGCACGUGCUACAAAAAAUCUAAAGAACUAUCUAGUCAAGAGAGUAACUAAUAUGAUGUACCAAGUCCGUUUGGAGGCUGUCAAGAAAUGGUGUCAUAGAAAUAACGAAGACUACGAUGAUACUCGAGCCCACAUCAUUGAACUAAUAGAAGAACAGUACUUGACUUGUCGGGUGGAGUGGUGCAACAGGGCAGUUUGGGCCUUGCUUGCCAAAUACUGGACUUCUGAUGAGUACAAGGAAAAGAGACGCAGAGGCCAACAAUCACGCAUGAGUUGUGAUGAUCCAGCUCAAAAUAGAGGAGGUUCAAGAAAUUUUGCAAAGACACAACAGUUCUUGGAAUUUAAAUCUGGCCGUCCGCAGAGUGGGAUAAACACAUUUGCUGCAAUGAAAUCUGGAGUUAAAAAAGUGAAUAGCACCGGAAGGAGUGCUCCAAUCCCUAGCCAGAAAGCACAAAAAAGAUUGGAUAAGUACAUGGCAUUAGCUCCAGAUGCAAAUUCACAAGAACUGGACGGAAGAGCAUUGUACACUAUAGGACGUGGCAUGGAGCAUGGCCGUGUUCCAAUAGGUGAUGGUGCUGUGGAUAAGGCAAUUGUUCUAGCACAUUCCAAAUAUGUAUAUGUUAGGCCACAUGAUCCUGAUCAUUAUGAAAGUGUGCUACAAGAAAAUGCACAAUUGAAAACGAAUAAUGACAUACUCACUGAGGAAAAUAGAAUUCGUCGCGAGCUAUUCAAGGCUACUAGGUCACAUGGAGGCUCUCAUUCUGUUGAUGAAAGGCGCAGCAACGACAAUGCUGAUGACAAAGACGACGAUGAUGACUACAGCUACCAUGAAAGCGAUGAUGAUGACUACAGCUACCAUCAAGGCAACGAUCAUGUCCAGUACUCCAAUGAAGACGAUGAUGAUGACCACAUUGAGGACGAUGAUGACGAUGGCUGUCUUGAAGAUGGUGAUGAUUGCAGCUCCUCCCAAAGCGAUGAUGAUCACUGCUCUACUGAGCAGUGA